AUGAUAAACCCCACAAAAUUUCUCCAUUAUUAUCCUUCACUCGUCAACACCUCAACAGUAUAUAGAUCAUUCCCCCAAAGCCCUUAUUCCUUUCAGUUUCAACCAAUUUCUUGUUAUCCCCUUUUCUCUUCCGAAAUUCGAUCUAGCCGCAACUACCGAAAGCUUCGGCAAAACAGUGCUCACAACUCCGCCGCACUCACAGUCGCCACCACCGUGACUCUCGCUCUCCUGUUCCAGCAUAAAAUGGAAGGUGUUGAUGCACUAAUACAUAGAGAUAAACUGGUUCUAAAGGGGUUAAGUUUCUAUGGUUUUCAUGGAGUAUUGAAGGAAGAAAAGAUUUUGGGGCAGAAGUUUUUUGUAGACAUAGAUGCUUGGAUGGAUCUCAAACCAGCCGGAAAAUCUGAUAACUUGUCUGAUUCUUUUAGUUAUGUUGAAAUAUAUCGUAUAGCUAAGGAAGUUAUUGAAGGACCAGCUCAUAAUCUUCUGGAGUCAGUGGCUCAAAAAAUUGCAAUCUCCACCUUGGAAAUUCACAAAGAGAUAUCUGCUGUUCGUGUGAAGGUUGGAAAGCCUCAUGUGGCAAUUCCGGAUCCGUUUGAUUACUUAGGUGUUGAGAUUUUGAGACGCCGAAGCGAUUUGACAGAUUAG